AUGUCGGUAUCUCGACUCGGAAGGCGCUCAGCAAGAGCAUUCGGACAAUUUGAGACUUGUCUUAUUUGCCAAUCGCAUCAAUAUACCGAAUCAGCUCUGAACAAGCACAUUGCGAAACUGGGACCUUCAAUCCGGCAAAGACAGAGCUUCCAAUUUCAGAGCCGGAACUAUGCUGUCAAGCAGAGAUUUGACGCACCAAGAGCCCGGGCUGAUGUCGACGAGCGCAGCCGGCUGGGUUUCUACACCCUCUCCAACCAACAAGGCGUCCUCAAGAUGGAACCUCGCUUAGCGCAGAGCCUCUAUGCAGACUUUGUUGCACACAAGGGCAAAAUGGAUCAUGGUGUCAAUGUUUUACGACUAGUAAAGAAGUACAACGUCCAGCUUGAACAUGUCUCGUCUCUUGGGAUUGUUACUUACAAGAUACCUGACAUCAAGGAUCCGGUGAAAAGAGCCCAGCUUCCUCCGAGUCAGCAUAAAACUAUUGCUGGAUUGCUUCUCCAGGGCUGUGCUCAGGCUGGGGAUCCUCUGGCCAUUGUACAUAUACUGACCGCUGUCUACUUAGGCAGUCUAGGUGAUGAGUCUGCCCAAGAGAUAGCCCGUCUCUUUCCGCGUCAUGAAAUACCCAAUUACCGCAAGACUCUGGAAAGCUUCGAACAGAAAGUAUUGGAAAAAACCACUGCUCUAUGGCCGCAAGUAUUGACUCUAAAGGGACUGUUCUUUGAACAAGAGGGUCAAAGACUGAAGGCAAAAGAAUCUUAUUCAGAGGCUGUCAAAUUAUCCAGUCUCAAAUUUGAACCUGGAGCAAGUCACCCUAUGCAACUGCCCCUGAUUGCACCGUGGAACGCGCUUGGUUUCUUAUUAAAAUCAGAGAAGACCCUGGACACACAAGCUGAAGCAAGAACGUACUUUCAAAAAGGCGCUCUCGAGGGUGACGAUCCGCUUUCAUACUAUGAGCUUGCGGCUUUUGAGCCUAGGGAAAACGAAAAGUGGUUACGAUACACUAGUAAAGCAGCGGCAUCAGGUCAUAAGCAAGCCAUACUUGACCUCAUCGAUUUUUACUCAGAGGUUGCAAAACAUGACUCGCCCAUCCUUCAAAAUGACAGCAUACGUAAAGCGCUCAGCUGGUUAUUGGGGUGGAAGAGCGGCAGCGCUGCAGCUCUUGCACGGGAAUGGCUCCAGGUCGCAUCCAACAUUGGCCACAAACCUUCCAUGCUACGGCUUGCGGAAUAUUACGACUCCAUCGGCGAUCAUGAACGAGCAAAGGAAUACCUUCGGCAAAUGCUUGAAGUUUCGAACACAGCCAAUCAACGAGAAGAGUGGCCGCAACUCGUGCAACUUGCAAGGAGACGGCUUGCCGGGAUCAUGUAA